AUGAUAUCGAUAUCUGACUUGGAAUUAAUUGAAAAUAUUCUAAAAUGGAACACAACUCAACAGACCGAAAUCGAAGUUCUUGUAGAAAAUACAAAAGAAAAAGACCGAAAUGCUUCCAGCAAUAUCUAUCGCAUAAUAAACGUAGCAGAUGAAAAAGUAUCGACUAUAUUUUGCAAUGAAUCUGAUAGACGUUACGGAUUAUCGGAUAACGGGACGGACAUGGGUGACGUGUGUGAUGCAAUUAGCGAAUAUGAUGUGUUUGAAGCUACUGUUGUUAUAAUACUAUUUCUUCUUAUAGUAGUGACGGUUAUAGGUAAUACUUUGAUAAUAUCAGCUGUGGUUACCACGAAGAGACUAAGAACAGUUACCAAUUGUUUCGUAACGAGUUUGGCUGUUGCUGAUCUCUUGGUUGGAAUAUUUGUCAUGCCGCCAGCUAUUGCAGUACAUAUAAGUGGUAAAUGGGAGCUGGGUUGGAUACUUUGCGACAUCUGGAUCAGCCUGGAUAUUCUUCUGUGCACUGCAUCUAUCCUCUCACUGUGCGCUAUCAGCGUGGACCGGUAUCUAGCUGUGACGAGACCAUUGUCGUAUUCCAGAAGAAGAAGAUCGAAGAAAUUGGCCCUGACUAUGAUCUUAUUUGUAUGGAUUGCAGCUGGCGCUAUAACUUGUCCACCUAUGUUUGGAUGGUAUGAACCCGACCACAAUCAAGGUGGUGUGUGUCGAUAUAAUCAAAACCCUGGAUAUGUUGUCUUUUCCGCAAUGGGCUCAUUCUUCUUACCCAUGAUCGUCAUGGUGUACGUCUACGCCAGGAUAUCUUGCGUCGUCGCGAGACGUCACCAGCAACUAUCAAGUAGUACAAAAUGUAACAAGAAAAACAACUUGUCCUGUAUUCGUACGGAGUCCGACUCCGGUUCAGACAAACUAUCCCUCCGACAGAGCGCUUCGAAGCAACCGUCGAAAACAUCGACACAGCACAGCGAAUGUUCUACCCAGAGUGACCAAAAAUGUCCUUGCUGUUUCCGAACCGAAAAACGUCGUCAAUCCAAGUACCGAUCAAGUAAUACCGAAAAAGAAUCACGUUUCAACAACGAUAUUACAUUCAAAUCAAACUUUAAGUACAAAGGCACCAGCCGCCACAGAAGUUGCUCAGUCAAAGAACACAUGGAGAACAGAGUAUCAUCUUUGAGGAGGGAGACGAAAACUGCUCAAACUCUAAGUCUCGUCGUGGGCGGAUUCGUAGCGUGCUGGCUACCUUUCUUUUUAUAUUAUCUUCUGACUCCUUUUAUUCCAAGUGACUACGUCAACUCGGUCCUAAUGUACAUACUGACUUGGUUAGGCUGGUUCAAUUCAGCGAUUAAUCCAUUUAUCUACGCUUUUUAUUCACCGGAUUUUCGGAUGGCAUUUUGGAGGCUUACGAUAAAAAAAUGUAAGCGAGUUAAGCGCUAG